AUGGCACAACUGCUGCCACAAGAUGACGGGCUGCUCCCGUACUUCCUCCUCAUGACUAGUUCGCUCGCCAUCGCCCACACGGUUGUCUGCUACAUCUCGUCGCCAGUCGUCUCGACGGCGCAAUUCCAAGGGCCCUUGGCCCCGGCACCCUCCGGCCUGUUUGCCCGCGUCUAUGGAGUUAAGAACUUCUACACGGCGAUGAUUCGCGGCUACGCGGCCUACCGAAUUUCCAACAGCGAGGUUUAUACGUUGGCAAUGCUCACAUACGUCGGCGUCUUUUUCCUUUACAGCACCGAGCUGUUGGUGUACCGCACCUCUCGGCCUCGCGAGGUCUUGACAUCGCUCAUGAUGUCUUCGGUGGGCCUGGCUUGGAUGUAUACGCAACGGGACUUUUACGCGCACUAG